AUGAAUAUUGACGACAUUGCAGCUCCAGAGCCGUUGGCUACAGUUUCGGGCCACAUCAACACAACACCUCAAGGCCCACAAGGCACCGUCCGUGGGGUAAACAGUACUGAACCCGAGAUCAUCAGACACACCGAGCCAGCGACUUCUGCGAAUUCAACCGACCAAGGUGCAGAUGUCCUAGCCGACAGCCCCGGAAGCCUGCACUUGCUCUGGUCGCGUGCUGCGGGAGGUGAGCCUCAUUACUUUGGUGCCUCUUCGGCCCUUUCGUUUACCAAGGUCUUUUCGGCGACCUUGCGCGCCGUAGGGGUCCAUGGCCCCGGAUUAACGAUGUCUGGGACUUCCCUCGUCUCACCAGAUCUGAGAUCUCGGGUCGAACCUUACUCAUUACCGGACCAGGAAUCGAUGAGCCUAUUGACAGCUGCAUACUUCGAACAAGUCCAUCCUCAAUUCCCUUUUUUACAUCACCCAACUUAUAUGCAAUGGGAAGCAGAGGUAAUGGAUGCUCGCCGGAGAGGGAUAGCGCCGGACCCCGCGCACCUAUUCUUUGUCUUCGCCAUUGGAGCCGUUGGUGCCUUGACAGUUCCUCGAGCUGAUACGAAGCUUCCAGAGGGGCUGUAUUCCUCUGCAGAGCGGCUCUUUGAGCAUGUCAUCAACUUGAACUCAUUAAAAUCAAUCCAAGCUAUACUAUGUUGUGCCAUGUACUCAAUCAGAUCUCCCGUCGGGGUAUCGACAUGGAUUCUUUCUGGUCUGGCACUCCGGCAAUGCGUUGAGAUGGGACUCCAUAGGCGGAAUUUAUGGUCCAGAACCGAUUCAAACCCUCUCAAGACACAAAUGAGACGGAGGAUUUUCUGGUGUUGCUAUAACUUGGACCGAGCAAUGGCCAUAACGCUUGGGCGCCCGGUUGGAAUCAAUGAUGUUGAUGUCGAUGUGGAGUAUCCAUUAGAUAUCGACGAUGAUUGUCUGACCGAGCACGGGAUCAAUGGCACCCCUCGCACUUCCGUAGAUGUCCCCGCGACGACCGUUUCAAGUGCAAUCCACACAAUCCGGAUCCGCCAAAUUUGGGGCCGCAUGCAAGCCUUGCUGUACCCCCAAAUUGGGGUGGGGGCCACUCCAAUGAUGAGUGUGAUGCUGGAGGAAAGCUUCCGAAGUGAACUCAAGAAAUGGCUAGAAGAGGCCCCAAACCAGCUGAACACCAAUGAAAGGCACAACAAUACGUUUGGGUCCGAGGAAUGGUUUGAAUUGAUGUACCAGCACUCUAUUUUGAUUCUCCACCGACACAAGCUGGUGGCUAUCCGAUCAUCGGUAGGCGAGACAGAAGAAGCCGCUGCAGUUUACAUUGAAUGUGGACUAGCCGCGGAGAGAAUCUGUCAACUGUAUAAAAAGCUCUAUACUGACCAUAGACUAAACGACACCUGGGGGGCUUUACAUGUUCUCUUUCUAGGAGGCAUUACUUUUCUGUACUGUCUUUGGAUGAGCCCCAAAGCCCGCGCCACAUUCAGGCUGGACAGAAUUUCUUCCACAUGUUCCUCCUGCAUGAUGUUAUUUGCCGUUAUGGCUGAGCGCUGGAAGGCCGCUGAGCCCUAUCGCGAGUGCUUUGACGUACUGUCAAGCUCUACGCAAGCCAUGAUGGUCGAUUCUCUUACUACCAUGGGCCCGCCGUCUCCUAGCAUGCCUCUACUGCUUACUUCGCCUCAAGGUCAGCUCCCAGACUUUCUAUCUUCCAUCGCGGAGAUUGGCAUGUGCUCUUCGGUUGAAGCUCUACUUUCCGGUAUGAUUGAAUAG